AUGGGCCCCUGUACCGCCUCCUCAUGCUGCUGCCAGGCCUGUAAUCUGCCAUGGGCCCCCGUACCGCCUCCUCAUGCUGCUGCCAGGCCCGUAAUCUGUCAUGGGCCCCUGUACCGCCUCCUCAUGCUGCUGCCAGGCCCGUAAUCUGUCAUGGGUCCCUGUACGGCCUCCCAUUGCUGCUGUCUCCAUCGCCACACUCUGCCAUGUGCCACUUUCAGGUCUCCUCACACUGCUGGUGGGUUCCAUUUUGUCAUAGGGUGCUGUAUGGCCUCCCAUUGCUGCUGCCUCCACCGCCACACUGUGGCUCCACACUCUGGUUUUGGCCCCGUGACUACCCAAAUGAGUGAAGUGUGCGGUGAUUCUAAGAUCGACGGCACUCAUCUGCAUGUCAUACUGACUGACAGUAUUAUUUCUCUUCCCCAGCGGACUCCAAGGGCAUUUAAAUUAAAGGUACAGUGUUCUGCACUAAUAUAA